CGCUGAGUCAGGUCUGCUGUGCGAAGGGAGGAGGGCUCUCGUCUCUUAAAAUCAUUACACAUCUUUUAUCAGAAACCCAGCUGUUUGAUGGCGGUCUCGAAAAUAUUGACAGAACGCGUUUCCGUUUAGAGUUAAAAGCAAUGUACGUCUACUAUGGAGAAAAACGGUGCAGGUGAAAUUUGAUAUCCUGCCUCUGGAGUCCAGAUUUUCUUUUUGUUUUCGUCGUGUGCAACAUUACGCAACAAGUUCAGAAACUCCUGAACUUCAAAAAAUACUUGUCGUGUGCUAAUCCCGUGUUUGCAGUGUAUUUGAUGAGACUUGUUGCAGCACUUCUCAUUGUGCUCCAGCUGCUGCCUGCUGGUCUGAUCAGCCAUUGUAGACGAAGGAAAAGGGGGCAAGGUCUAGUUUAGUGCCCGCCGGCUACACUGUUAGCUGAGUGCAUGAAAGGAGCUGCUGUAUGAACACUUGGAUGAGCCAUGAGGCUGCUGGCCCAGGACAAAUCGCUCAGUAUGCAACCGGGAAUGGAUUAGUAUCAUCUCGAUUCGUGUUUUUCCGAGGUUCAGUGAAUGCACUUUAUUUUACAUAGUUUGUAGCAAUUUUUUCUGGUGCUCAAACCCAAACAAUUAGCAGAUAGUGGGGCUACUUGUUGCGGAGGGUUGUGAUUUGAUGUAAGAGGAGGAGAAGAGAAGAAGUCCAGCACUUUGUCCUGCCGGAGGAAGUUGUUUGGCUGUUUUGAGUGUUUUCUGUCACCACGUCUUCAUCACCCCACAACAGCAAAAGGAAGAUGGCACCCAAACAGCCCUGGACUCAGAGCAUUAUCACUUUGUGGUCCUUACUCUGCCUGAUUCCGAGCAGCCCGGCAGCAGAUGUCCCGGAGGAAGAAGGCUUCAAUGCUGAGGCGUGGCUUCGUAAAUUUGGCUACCUGUCUCAGGCGAGCGGUCAGAUGUCCACCAUGCAGUCGGCUCAGAUUCUUUCCAAAGCCAUCGGUGACAUGCAGCGCUUCUAUGGCCUGGAGGUGACCGGAGAGAUGGACCCUGCUACUGUUGUGGCGAUGCGUCUGCCCCGCUGUGGCCUCCCAGACAGAAAGGCAGAGGAGAUUGAUGUUGGUGCUAGAAAGAAGCGCUACACUCUCACUGGAAAGCAGUGGGACAAAGACCACAUCACCUACAGUUUAUUAAAAUAUCACGCGUUGCUGGGCGAGGAGCAGACGUACAAAGCUAUCCGCAACGCCUUCGACGUGUGGAGACGGGUCACGCCGCUCACCUUUGAGGAGUUACCUGCUGAACACAACAACCACAGCAUCAACGGCAGCAAGUCAGAGCUCUCUGACAUCCUGUUGUUGUUUGCCUCUGGUUACCACGGUGAUAUGUCAUUGUUUGAUGGCGAGGGAGGGUCGUUGGCCCAUGCCUACUACCCCGGACCAGGAAUCGGUGGGGAUGUACACUUUGAUGAAGAUGAGCCUUGGACAUUGGACAAUAAAAACCCAGAAGGUAUUGACCUCUUCCUGGUUGCGGUCCAUGAGCUCGGUCACGCUUUGGGUCUGGAGCACUCUGAUAACCCCAGCGCCAUAAUGGCUCCUCUCUACCAGUGGACUCACACACAUAACUUCUCCCUACACGAGGAUGACAUCAAAGGAAUACAGUACAUAUACGGCCCCCCCCUCCCCACGGCUGCUCCACCCACCUCUCCUCCCCCCCAUGACAACAAUCCUGACGAUGACUCCCUCACCUCCUCCUCUCCACCCGAAGAUAAACCCACCUCAACUUCUCCCACCGACCCCCCGCCCAACCCGCCCGACCGCAGCCCACACCCCCCAGCCCCCCCGGAGCCGAGCCACAGCCCUACCUCUCCUCCCGUCCUCCGCACCUCCACCCCCACAGACUCUCAGCCUGACCCUGUCACCCCGUACGUCAGAAGAGAUGUCCCGCCUCCUCCGCCUCCUCCUCAGCCCCCUGCUCCUCCCCGCCCUCCCAAACUGCCCGACAACCAGCCCCCCAAUAUCUGUGACGGGGACUUUGACACGGUGACCAUGCUGAGGGGGGAGAUGUUUGUUUUUAAGGGUCGCUGGUUCUGGCGUGUGCGGAGGAACCGGGUCUUGGAUAACUACCCCAUGCCCAUAUCAGUCUUCUGGAUCGGCCUGCCUAGUGACAUUGACGCAGCUUACGAGCGCCACGAUGGAAAAUUUGUCUUCUUUAAAGAUGAACAAUACUGGGUGUUCAGGGAGGCUGACGUUGUGCCGGGAUACCCACAGCCUCUACAUCAGUACGGACAGGGAGUCCCUGCUCACAAGAUUGACACAGCAAUCUGGUGGGAGCCCAAUGGAUACACAUACUUCUUCAGUGGAGACAGAUACUGGCGAUACAAUGAGGAGACCCGCACUACAGACCGUGACUUCCCAAAGCCGAUAGAAAGAUGGGGCAAAAUCCCUCAUUCACCCAAAGGAGCCUUUCUCAGCGAUGACAGCGCUCACACCUAUUUCUACAAAGGCUCCAACUACUGGAGGUUUGACAAUCGCAAGUCAGAACCAGAGAAAGGCUACCCUCGCUCCAUCCUGAAGGAUUUCAUGGGCUGUGUGGGGGCCCCUGACCCAAAGCCCGACACGGACACCGAGCAGGAACCAAAACACAAACCAGUGGACCCUUCAGAUCGAGGCAGAGAUGAGCACAAAGAGCCGGACAGCGGCAAAGACAAAGACUCUCAGCCUGACAACACAGAGGAGGAGGAGGAGGAGGAGGACAAAGAGGUCAACGUGGUUGUGACGGAGGCCGACAAUGAAUCAAAGGUCAUGACUCUGAUCAUGGUGAUUGUUCCUCUGCUCCUCAUCCUGUGCAUCCUGGUCCUAAUUUACGGCAUCCUCAGGACUCUACAGAAGAAGGAAACUCCGAGGGCCUUGGUGCACUGCAAGCGUUCGUUGCAGAACUGGGUGUGAGGCACAGACUUUGAAGCGAUAGAGCCAGAUUUCAUCACUUCUUCUACGGCCGUUGGCGUCAGAGUUUGUACUUACGUCAGAGUGGAAAGCAGCUUUGACGCAAGUUUAAGAAAGCCACAGAUGAGUCACCGCUUUGGGCCCCAUUCAUUGUGAGAACUUCUAUUGCUCAUGUGAAAUAAUGCAAACUUGGUCAAAUCAUUGCCAGUGGACCUACAGUGUUUCUCCUGUGCCUCCCCUUGUGCCUUCUCAACAUCUGAUAAAUAACCUCUUUUUCUUAAAGGAAAAAAAUAUAUAUUCCUAUCCCAGCGUUAAAAAACAAGUGUCUGGCACCGAAUGUCAGAUGACACACUUUUUUUAAUCAAUUCUUAUUGUACAGAGAAGGGACCGAAGAUCUUUUGUAGUAUAAAUGCAGACAAAGUCGAUAAUGCACAUACAUUACACAGUAGCACACAUAUUGUACAUACACACAUGAGUGCUUGUAGCUAUACACAUACAUCAUACAUACAAUGUUGAACAAGACUUUCAUUAGCUUGACUACGGUGCCUCCACCAAUCUUUUUUCUUUGUUUAGAGCAGAUAAUUUGCACUUUUACAUUUAUUGUUGUCUUUUCUGUUUUGCUAAGAUUGCUCCACAGAUGUGUGUGUUUGUGUAGGAAUGUCAGACAGCUGUGUGUGUCCAUUUUCCACUGAGCCCUCUCUCACACACAUGCACCAACGUCACAUGAUCUCCAAAAAACCCUAACGGCACUCAUUGGUGCAUGCAUGUCCAGAUAAGCACACACACAUUGACAUAGAGACUACUUACCCAAACAAAGGCACAUAUCGUUUUUUUUGCACACAGACACCAGGGCUCCAGCCUCCCCUCCUCCCACCACAGCCACGAUAACUGUUUCGACUACACCAGUAAAACACAAUCCCCAGUGGAGACAUAUUGAUAUACGACUGGUGCCGGGCCUUGGAUGAAAUGCAAGAGGAGGAGGGAUUUAUUCACAGUUAACAAGAAGAAUUGAAAAGUGUGUUUUUUACACAUCCUCUCCAACUAGGCUUGACCUGUGAAGAGUAAAACAAUAGCAGCAGUGUCCAUCUUUUGUAUCUUCUCUUCUUCUUCAUCAUUUCAUGCUAAAACUAAAUAGAUUUAAGUGUACACAGAAGAAGCCUGCAGGCUAGAGAGGAAUGGGUCAGGGUCUGGUUUCCAUUAAGCCCACAUGCUGCUGAUUUGUAUCAGGCAUGAGGAGGGAGAGAGCGGAGUUGGGGAAAAUGCAGAAAGAAGGAGGUAUAAAAAAUAGAAGUGACGAGUAAAAGAACAUGAAAGAGAAUGAAAUGCGAGGGAAGGAAAGAUUGAAGUGUGGGGGGGGGUCUACCAGAGUUUCCUUGCCAGUUUUUCUCUGGGAAAGGAGGAGCGAGGGAAAGAGGGAGGAAGGAUCUCGGGGAGGGGCAGCGCUGGCGUUGUGCCUCCUGACCUAGGUCCUUUUCUAGUCUUCUUGUUUUUGCUCUGCUUGUUGUCCUGAGCUGGAGAGGACCCCCUCCCCCUCCAUCCUCAUCUAUCAUUCUUUCCUCUCUUAUGUUUCUUUUAAGUCUUUGUUUUUCUCUGUUUGAUUUGUUUUAUUCCUGUACCUCCAAGAUGUAUUCAUUUUCUUCUGCACUCUUCUGGAAAGUUAGCUCAAGCAUUUAAAGCUACCUAAUGCACAUAGACAACUGCAGAAAGUGAGUCGACCACUAUCUGUCUUUGUUUACCUUGCUUUUCUGUGUGUAAAGCCACUAUUUAGUCGCUAAAAUCAUUAAUCUUUUUCAUUAGGUUGUGUGCCUUUUACAGUGUGCCUAUAUUUAGUUUUUACGUUAUUUCUUUGUGCCUUUUUCAGUGACUAUUUGGGGACCUUUUUUGUACUAUACAUAGCAUGAGGGAACGUUUUUAGAAUUGUUUUUUGUUCGUUUUUUACUCUACUUAAUAUUUGUAGUUUUGUAUAUUUUUGUUUCAGGUUUUCUGUAAGAUCAGCAAUAGUUUAUUACAAUAAUGUUGAUGCAUGCGGGGCAUGUUCUGUAAGGCCUGUGCACUCCUGUGUAGAGUAUGUUAAAGAUUUCACAAUAAAACAAAGCAACACACUGUUA